GCAUCAUAUUUUCUUGGGUAAUAAAAAAAAAAAAUCUGUCUUUAAGUUCACUGUGGCCAGUUUAACGUGAAUGACAUCAGUUUUGUUGGUGUUCAUGCCUGUGUUUUAGCCUCAGCAGAGAGCUCCUGUGGUCAAACAGAUGAAACAUGUAGGAAAUUACCAGAUUGUUUGAUGGAAAAAAAUCUAAAUAACCUUGAUGUUGACUUCAACUGCACCAUCAACGUUCAACCUUACUGGAAACAUAGUAGGUCAAAACUGCAUCAUAAACACAUCAAACAGAGUACAUGUUGAUUCACAAGCGGACUUGAUGCAACUUUCUUUCACCCUGUAGCACCACUUUGCUUGUUUUUAACAUGUUAAUAACCUUAACAUUAUCUCAGGACUACACCCGCAUAACAAUUGUUACAUCAGAUGGUAAAUUAAAGAUAAUGUGUCUACAAAAAAGUUUGUUUCAGAUAUAGCUUGACUCCUGCAACAACAAGACACACAAUAAAAACUGAAUAUAUUUCUUUUCAGCCUGUUUGAACUUUUAGUCACAUAAGUAUCUUGUGUGUUCCUGUAUUCAAUGAGUAGACAAGUCAAUGAUGUGGCUCUACAAGGAACCCAAAGAUAACGUUUUUCUGCUGUACACAAGAAGACGGUUCAUCUGGAAGGGACAUUCUUUGGUUGUCCUGCAGGGGAAGCAGUGUGAAAACAUGACAUCCCGCUUCAGAAAUGGUAUUGUAAAAUUGUGUUUCAUACCUUUACUGUCAGUUUUCAGUGUUGUUAAAAUGACAUUUUACUCCUGUUUUCAACUUCAAGAUAAAAAGAAAUAGUUUGAAAGAGGUCUCUCACACUAGCUUCUCCUUUCUAGUCCUUCCCUGCUUGUUUUUUCCUCACCUCCCAUCUGAAAAGGUUGGAGUAUGGGGAAGUAGAUCAUGCAGUUUUACCUGGCACAAGGAAAAGGUCUCUUCCUGGGGACCUGCCUUCCCUGUCUGUUUUCUAACAUCUAUAUAUUCAGAUUUCUCCUUUGGUUUUAUACCCUGCUUUCCUCUUUUCCCUUAUAACAGUGGGGUUGUAGGGAAAAGUGGAGUGAACAUCCUCACCUUGAAGGCAUCAGCUUUGUCCCAAACAUAUUCUUUUACUCUUCUCAGAUAAUUCUCUUCAUUUUCUCUCAUAUUGCUCCUCUUCUCAGAUAACUACAGGGGAAUAGGGACAGGUAGAGUGUAUAGCUUUACAGAAGAGGGGUUUGAUGGCUGACCCGACAUCUCUUCACAGACUUGUUCCUAUGGUUUAUGCUAGAUUAUAUGGAAUGAGGGCAUCAAAUGGUUGGUUCUUCAGGAAAAGCCCCUUGUGAUGCUCCAUCUCGUAUUCAAGGGGAUCCUAAUCCUAAUUUAUCUGUUUUAAAACAUUUUUAUCAAGUGGGAGGUCUCUGUGGUUUUAUCUACCAUGACUUAAACUCUUCCUCUACCACCAGAUAAAAUAAAAAUGAUUGUCACCCACAGGAUCCUGCCAUGUUACACCUUCUCACAUCAAAGAGCUUUGUGAUCCAAUACCCUUUGAAGAAAUUCCCUACAACAAAACAGGUGAGUUCCUCAAUAACCAACUGAGAAAUUUUCCAACUUUCAGAAGUAAAUUUUACAAAAGAUAAAGCAAGCCAUCUGGUUCUUCCAGAUCCCCCGGUGAAGGAUACAAAUAAAACAUCUGAAGAGCUAAAGGAAAAACUUGAUUCUGAUGAUCUCAGACAAUUAGGUGUGACACUAAAGUCUGAAGAAGGAGAGGAUCUCGAUCCCUGUCAAGCCCAGUAAGACAUGUGCUGUGUUGAAUAAAACUGAGCAAUCUGGUGGGAAAUGAGUAGAAUUUCUACCUUUUACUAAUGAUCCCAAAUAACUAAAUAUCAUAGACUGUAUAUACUAUGGACAACUUGGUUCCGCCUACCGCCUGUAUAUGGAUUUGAAGCCAAAAAGCUCUCGGUAUUUCCGGGAUUUUUCUUCAUUUCCUGAAACCAGCGCUGCGCAGUAGUGAUGCGCGCAUUCGGCCGCGCAGUCGCUGAGAGUCGCUGUGAUGACACUCGGCUCAAACAAUGUAUCUCCCGGGAGAGCUACGCAAUUCCUGAACGCCAAUAGGCUGUAUCAGGUGUCAAUCAUAGAAAACAUGAACCCCCUAACAACUUUUGAAAACGGAGUCGUACAGAAAAAAAAGGACUUGAGCACAAACCAGUCUUACAGCAACUACAUGUCAACAUCGCAAGCAGGGGGGAACAAAAAUUAUGUUCUGUGUAAUAAAUUUCUAAAGUUUGUCCACAGCCCCAUAAGCUUUGCUGGCGGAGGCGGGAUUUAUGACCUAUACUGCAGCCCAUCAACAGAAGGUGCUGUUCUUGGAGUGGCUUCACCCAGAGAGGCGGCAGACUCUGUCCAUUCUUUAUACAGUCUAUGCUAAAUAUACUUACAAAUUACAGUCUCCAUGAUACCUCAGAUCUAUAAGGCAUGACUAUUCCUGUUUCAAUAGCAUUGUGAUGGGGAAAAUGGGAAAUGUUGCCACUUUCAUCAAUACGUCUUCAGCUGUACUGGACUUGGGAGAAGGAGUCUCAGGGAUCUUAGUGAAAGAAAAAGACCCUGCGAACCCACAUGAAGUGUCCUUCGGAUAUGUAUCUCCAAAUGACAGCAUAAACGUGAGUGCAGUACUUCAAUUUGGCCUUCAUGUUAUGUCAACAGAAACAAAACAGAGUAACAUUCCCAUUUUAGGCUAUGAGGACUAUCUCAGCCACAGGCUAAUGUGGGUACAAUACACUUUAUUUUGAUUGGCUAUGACUACAUUUCAUAGGGAUAUUUGCUAAUUUUAUGGCGAGACUGAUGUAUAUUUGUGUGUGUGUGUGUGUGUGUGUGUGUGUGUGUGUGUAUAACCUUUUUACUCUUCUUCAAUAAAAAAAAUCUGCAAAAUCCAACAGCUUCAGGUUCCAACCUGGCACCUCUCCUCUGAACCCCCCCUCCACUACCAUCCAUUCUCCAAUUUUCAACUUCCAUCCAUAAAUCCAAACCCUCCACAUAUCACCUUGAUCCCCUCCCAACAGCUCUGGUCAAAUCCUGCUUACCCUCUCAUCCACUCCUCACUUACCACUGGAAUUGUUCCCUCAUUCUUCAAAACUACAGCUGUCACCCCUAUUUUUAAAAAACCUGAUUCAGAUCCCAGCAACUACAAUAACCUCCGCCCCAUCUCCAAUCUGCCCUUACUCUUGCAAAAGUUGGGAGUAACUUCAAGUUUUUGUUCACAAUGUUUUUUUUUAAAUCCAGCAUGAGUUUUAUGUAUUUUGGGAUGUAUUUACUCCAUGAUCAGAUGUUGUUUCCAUGGAAAUGCACCAUUUAACUCCAUUUACCGUCACAACUUUAGUGCAAAAGCAAAAAAACUAAUCACAGUUGGAUUAUUCACUUCAACUUUUUGUCUUUUGAGAGUCUGCAUACAAAAAUCCUAAUAAAUCUCAACUGCGUUCAAACUACCGCAAAAAUGGCUAGAGAGAAGCAAUUGAGUAAAGAAACAAAAGUACAGAUUUGUGCAUUGAGGAAAGAAGGAUACACAGAAAGAGAAAUUGCAAAACGUCUAAAGGUGUUUAACAAAGGAGUCCACUACACUCUGAAGAGACUAGAGGAACCUGGAAGUUAUAAUGAUAGAAAAAGACCUGGACAAAAGAGAGUUACUACAAAAGCAGAGGACAAACAUGGUAUUGUCACCAGUAAGAGAGAUCAGCAAAAGACAGCACCACAAAUAAGGGAGGAAAUCAACAUGACAAGGUCGAAACCCAUAUCUCUGACAACCGUGAAAUGACGUUUGAGAAAGGCUGGUCUAAAGGGUUUAGUGGGCAAAAGCUCGCAAAAAUUGGACUUAUGGUGACUAGAAAAGUUUCCACUAUUUGGUUCAAAAUGAAGACUCUAUGUCUGCAGACAAACUGGUGAACGUCUGAAAGCACCAUGUAUUACACCCACAAUUCAGCAUGGAGGUGGUAGUUCCAUGUUAUGGGGAUGUUUUGCAGGUGAUGGAGUAGGAGAUUUGUUUGAAGUAAAGGGUAUCAUGAAGAAGGAACAGUACCACUCCAUCCUCCAGCACCAUGCUGUUCCAUCUGGACUCAGACUUGUGGCUCAUAAGUUUGUUUUGCAGCAAGAAAAUGACCCUAAUCACUCUGCCAAGCUCUGUCAGGGUUACCUAGACAAAAAAGAAGAGGGAGGUGUUCUUCAAAAGAUGGUUUGGCCCCCUCAGUCUCCAGACCUUUCUCCAGUUGAGCUUGUGCGGGAUGAAUUGGAUCGAUCGGUCAGAAAAACGCGUCCCAGGAAUCAGCAGUCUCUUUUUAAUGAACUUAAGAAAGAUUGGAAUGCAAUCCCUGGAACAUACCUUAAAAAACUUGUGGAACGAAUGCCUGGUAUAUGCCAAGCUGUUAUUAAAGCCAGAGGAGGUUACUUUAAAGAAAGCAAAGUCUAAGCAACAAUAACUCAAAAACCUAAUAAUUGUAGUCAAAAUGUAUUCUGAUAAAUUAUAUAUAUCAAACUAUGAUCUUUUUUUGUACAAAUCUGAUCUUGCUUCCAAACUUUUGGCCUGUAGUGUAUAUAUACAUUUUUUUACUCUAUUGCUCUUAUCUUGUUGUUUUAUGCUGGUGUUUUUACUUUUUAAAGUGACCUUGAGUGUUCAAAAAUGGGCUUAUAAAUAAAAUGCAUUAUUAUUAAACACGAUUCUCAAACACAUGCUCUCCUUUUCUCUGCAGGUCAUAGAAAACAAAGCUACUCUGGCUCAGUAUUCCAGAUCUAUUACAGUGACCAAAGAAGCGUUUGAAAAAGCCAUCAGCUUGAACGUCAGUGUACCUUUUGCAGCUAUUGUCAAAUUCAUGAAUAUGGCAAAAGUAAGGAAACAUCUCAGUAUCACCUUCAGUUAUGGAAAUGAAUCAGAAGUACAUCUUUUAAUCAUCAUAUUUCUGUUGUGUCCUUUGUGAGGAUGAGAGGAACAGCACUGUUUUGGGAAAUGAGGUUUUAGCUGUGGAAAUGGGAACAAUUAUCCGCAAUCUGACAGACAGAAUUGAAAUUAAUGUUUGGAACGCGGUUUAUGUAAGUUGAAGUAACAUCAUAAAAAAUCUGCUUUUUGUUGCUUUUGCAGUUUAAUUCAAAUGGACUUCAUUUAAAUUGGUGGGUUUUUUUUCUCUCACAGGAAGGAAUCCCAUCCUGUCAGUCAUGGAAUGGUCAAGGUAUUUUUUUUACACCUUUUUACGCUGAUUUAAGAUUUUGCUUUGAAAAACAUAGACAUGACAAUACUUCACUGCGUGCACAAUGGGUAUUGUUCUCUCUCUUAAUGUCUGUGGGCAUGAUGAACAGUAGCUUUCAAAGUCUGUGUCACAGGGAUCAAAAAAUAUACAUUCCUUGUCUGUGAGCGUGUCCAUUCCUGUAUGUCUUCACAAGUAUUUAGUAUUGUUGUUUGCUGGAACAUGUAGUCUGGGUUCAUCUACACGAAUGACCCCAACCAAAGCUCUUCCCCUUAAGUGUUCUCUUGUAGUUCUGUUGUUUUCCUGGAUGUCAAAGCACUUUGUUUUUAAAAGUGCCAUAUAAAUAAGUUAUUAUUUGUACCCCCCAUAGAGAGUUUUGUGAUCUUUUGGCACGGAUGCUUUUUGCGUCUUCAAUAUAACUCACCUCCACAAUGCUCGAUCCCACCCAUUAACCACAUCAAGUUCAUUUCAUUUGCUAAUAGUGAAAGUUCUGUUAUUCUGCCAUGAAGCACUUUUUAUGGUCCUAGUUGAGGCGGGGAUACAAUCCAAAAACUGAUGACAUUUUCAAAUUUUGUUCUUUAACCAGGAAGACUAAGUUGGACCGAUGACGGAUGUGUGACCAUAAAAAAUGGAAGCAACAUCACAUGCCAGUGUUCCCACUUGACAUUUUUUGCUGUCUUACUGGUGUGUGUUGGAAUAUUUUUGGGCAAAAGAUUCCACAUUGUUCUCACAAGCUGCUUUGUUUUCAAAUUGUCCCUGGAAUAGUAGCUCUGUAGUGAAGCUACAACUUUUACUUUUUGCAGACUCCUCUCAACGAAACCAUUACCAGCUCUGACCUGAACAACCUCACCAUCAUCACACAAGUUGGCUGCAGUCUGUCCUUGUUAUUCCUUGCUGUUCUCCUAUUCAUGCACUUCCUUGUCAGGUAAUAACAACACCAUUUGCAUUUAGUAUUACUUAUAUUAGGAAGGUCUGUACCUGGAAAUUUGUGGAUACUAGCAUUGAAUUACAGGCAGAUCUAAUUAAACAUAACAAAAGACAUAGUUUUCCAAAUUUACAGUAUGCGCUAAAGCUUCUAGAUAGAGAGAGAGAGAGAGAGAGAUAGCUACUUACUAAUCCCAGAAGGAAAUUAAAAGAGGCAGCACCAGUGAAACACAGUACACAUUCUACGAAUAAAAAUACUGUAACAAUAUUUACACUAAAUAAGGAAUAAAUAAAAAACAGUUUAUUAACAUUACCAUAAGGCAGUAGCGCAGCGUUACAAAUGCAUCGUAAACAUCGCAAAAUGGAUGCAGUAGUGCAAAAAAUGCAGAUGCUGAUUGAUGGUUCAUGGAUGGGAUAAAUUGUAUGUGGGGAGGUUCAGUUCAGACAGGGCUCCUCAGAGGGAGAAGUUGAAGAGCCAAAUGGCCUGGGGAACAAAUGACCUCUUCAAUCUGUUACAAGAGGAGGAAUAUUAUUCCAGCAUAUGAUCACUUAGUGUUUAGUUAACCUGAUUUUUAACUGACCUUUAACUGACUUUGCCCAAGUAAUACCCAUGCAUUGGAAUAACAGUAUUAAAGGUCGUUAUUUAAAAUAAUUCAAAAUAUACCGGAAAAAUGCGGAGGUCCUGCAUAAAUGUGAGUAUGAAGGUGCUCUGCCAGCACUUUCAUACUCUUCUCCCCUUGUUUUGUGUCUCUUGUCUCCUCUAGUCCCUUGGAAAUGAGGGAGAGAGGGGAGUAGGGGGUGGUAGCCUGAAUUACUGGGGACAACCUUUAGCUCAUAUAGAUCCUUUUCUCUGGCUCUGACUCCCCAUACCUCCUUCUAAGUACUUUCUACUUAUUCUCUUUCUUUCUCCUUUUUUUUUUAUCACUCAUCAAUAAAGUGGAGUAGUACGGGAGGUAGAGCGUACAGCCAGGCCUGGCAAGGGGGAACUUCUUAGACUUGCUCUGUCUUCCCUAUCCUCUCUCAAACCUCUCUCUAAGGACUAUUCCCUCUGUUUUGGCAUUUUUCUUUGGUUUUGUCUCUUCUUCUCUCUCCUCUGUUAAUAAAGUGGGGGAGGAGGGGGGGUAAAGUGUACAGUAAGGCUUUACGAGGGUGAACCCUUAUUCAAACUUGCUUAACCUGGCUCUGCCUUCCCUACCCACUCCAAAACACCACUCUAAGGACUGGCUCCUCUUUUUUGUAUCCAUGGUCUCCUCUGUCCUUUUGUAAGUGGGUGCAGUAGGGGCGGGUACAGCAUACAGUCUAAUCUAGAAGGGCUAAGAUGUUGUCCAAACAAGCUUCUUGCCCUUUGCCCGUGUAAAUAUGAUGGUCUGUGGACCUAGCGUGGAGGAAGUUGGCUCUGAUAAGCUGAAGUCAGCUCUGGAGUGUGGGUGUUGUGGGUCUCAUUUGAUAAAAUGAGAUUGAUGAAAAAGUGCUCAUCUGUCCUCACAGGAGAAUAAAGGCCAGUACUUCAACAGGGCUUCUCAUCCACCUGGUGUUGGCCAUAUUUCCACUAAACUUCACUUUCCUCAUCAACAACUAUGUGGCAAAACUGAAGAGCUCUGUGGGUUGUGCGAUCAUGGGAGCUGUUAUGCAUUAUUUCAUGUUAGCUACGUUCACCUGGUUUGCUGUGCAGGCCUUCCACCUCUGCUUGCAACUGUACUCAGGGGGUAAAAUUGUGAUCCGGCACUACUUACUCAAAGUCUGCAUCAUCAGCUGGGGUGAGUACACAUUGUUUUUCUCUUCUUUGCCUGUUAAAAUCCAGAUCUGUAAACCAGCUGUUUUCUUGGUGUAUUUCCAGCUCUCCCGAGUGUCCCUGCAAUCAUCCUGCUUGCCACAGGAAAAUAUGGAGAACUAGUCAUUUACACGAAUGACCCCAACCAAAAUGUGCUCAUGUGAGUCUGCAAAUAUGUUUUAAUUCUGCCGAUUAAGUAUUCGGAGUAAUAACACUAACACUGUUGUUUGUGUUCCAAGGUGCUGGAUAACAGACAAUAAUGUCCACUACAUUGUCAACAUUGGCUACUACGCCGUGGUCUUCCUCUUCACCAUUUCUACCUUUGUCAUUGUACUGACCUGGCUCUAUUAUCUCAAGAGAACCGAAGCAGGCCACGCAAAAUACGACAAAAGUGGCAUGAGAAUUUCAACCAUCCUAGGACUGUGCUGCAUGCUAGGUAUCACGUGGGGUUUCGCCUUUUUCGCCUAUGGUACCCUGCUGAUCCCAUCCUACUACAUCUUCACCGUCCUUAAUUCUUUACAAGGUAUCCUGAAUACAAUCCAAAUUAUUAUAUGUUUUUCUAAAAAAAUAACUCAUAUUUUAACUACCUCUCACCUUUUUUAGUUAAAACUUGAAACUUGAGAGGCUAUAAGAACUCUUACUUAGUCAUUCAUAUAAUUGAUGACUCUUACGAAGUAAGAUGAAGUUUAAUUGCAUGGAGAACUAAAGCUCAUGACUAAGACCUACAAAGCUACUACUUUUGUACAUUUAAAGAAAAUCUAUUAACAAUAAGGCACAAACACUCCCUUCUGGCACCAAUUUGCUGUUUAAUCUGAUAAGAUAAAAUUUAAAGUUUCUCACAGACACAUCCGGGAUAAAAAUACCGUACAGCAAAGCAAAAACGCCACAAAAGUGUUCAUUAGUUAAUAUUAAGAUUGUUUUGAACACUCCAUGGGGACCAAUACUUCUAACAAGAAAAACUCUGUUUUAUGUGAUUUAGCGGAGCUUCAUACUAACUCUUGUGACUGAGUGCCCUGAGAGUGGCAGCAAGUCCCAGCAGCUCCUCACAGUGUUUACGUUUUUGCCUUUUUAUUGUUGUUUUUUGACAUUUAUUUAAGUUCUUAAUAUUACAAUCUCUAUUUUUAUAACUGCAUUUUUGCACUCUUUGUCUGUGAUGCUGCUGUGACAAAAAAAUUUCCCCCAUGGGGGAUCAAUGAAGGAACAAAAGUCAAUCCCAUUGGAAAGCAAACGAGUUCAGUAUGUUUCAUAUUGACAAAAUUAAAAUGGCAAUAAUAUUUUUAAAAAGGAGGAAAAUAAUGGUUACAGUGGAAUUAUCAAUACUGCCACAUCGACUUUUCAAACUAUCUUCUCAGUCAUUAAACAGCAAAAUUCUGAAACUUCUUUAGGGUUCCUACUUCAUACUUAGAUGCAGGCAUUUGCUUUUUUCCCCCCCCAUCAUCCCAUCAUCUUUCUUUGUCUUGCAGGUUUCUUCCUAUUCAUCUAUUACUAUAACAGCAGACAUGCAGAAGACUUCAGCACCGCCCAGACUAAUUGUUACAGCGUCAGCACCAGCACCAGCACCAGCACUAGCACUGUCAGCAAUGUAAACACACACAACAGCUGUGAGAAUCCCUACAUAAAUAUGCCCACAAAAACUAGUCACUUGGAGUAA